AUGGCGGUGAGACACUUUAUUGAGGGGCUGGGAGACAAAGGCCUGAGGGAGAGAGUGCUGGGAGGAAGGCCAAUCUCUGUGGAGGCGGCUGAGGAAGCUGCUAAGUACUUUGUGUCCUAUUCGUUACCAAUGGGGAUAGAGCCGGUGGUGGAAGCUGCUAAAGAGAAGGACCUGGUGAAUAAGGAGUCCGAGGUGGAUAAGAUCACCAAGCAGCUGGAGAAGCUGAGUAUCCAGUUAGCCCAGAUGCAGCAGGGAAGGGGAGGCGGCUUACUCCAUAGGCCAGCAGUAGGCAGAUUUAAGUGUUACCAGUGCGGGAAGGAGGGGCAUAUGGCUCGGGACUGCACCCAAAAGGGGCGGGCGGCGCUGAACGUCAUGCAGCAGGUCCUAGAGGGAAAAGCCCCGACUAUAGCGGAAUUUCUUAACGGGGAAGAGGGAAAGCUGGAUAUGCUGGUCGGACCUCGGAAAAGGCAGGCGGUUCGGGACCCGGAAGGAUGGGGAAUAGACGAGGCAAGGGAGGAGUUGAGGAAGAAGCUGGCACAGACGGGUGGGGCUGAGGAAGCAGCUAAGGGAUCCCGGUUCGUACGGAGGCCACGGGUAUCCGCCCUACCCAACUCAUAUAAUGUGGUGGACCGGCUGAAACUCACCCCCGUGAGCGUCAGCGUCUGGAAUUACAUAAGCGACAGUGACAAGGUGAGAAAAGGGUUGUUGGAUGCUCUGAAGCUGGCUGAGGAUAAGGGGAAGGAGGACGGGGCAGCCGCCAUGCAAGGGGUUUCGAUAGUGGCAGCUGCUCCACGGGAGUCUAGGCAUGAGGACCCGAUCCCCAGCAACCUAGUCUUCCAAGUCCCCCAAUGCGAUGUCCACCUAGGCAAGCAUCGUCUGACUGCUAUAGUUGAUUCCGGUGCGUCCCAAACGGCCCUGUCUCACGUCAUCGCUAGGAAGUUAGGGCUGCUACCCUACCUCCAGGACACCACAAUAGAGUAUACCACCUCUAGUGGGGAGACGUCGAAGCCGUGGGGGAUUUUGCCUGACGUGCCGGUGCGGGUGGGGAAGCUGACCCUCCCAAUCGACAUAGCAGUGACCGGGGCGAACACCUAUGACAUGCUGCUAGGACAUGACUGGAUCUAUUCGGCUAAUGCAGAUAUCAUGACCAGCAAAUGGCAGAUAGUGUACCGGGUCAAUACCAAAGAGACAGAUUCGGUCCCUAUCACUACUGGACCCGUGGGCACGGGUAGCCAUCCCUCUUGUGUGUCCCUCCCGCCCCAAACACCCCACAGGAAUGAUACCAAGCCUCCUCAGCAUUGGUCCGGGAUGAAUGAGAAGGAGUUCCAGCGGUGGCUAGAGGAGAAGCAGCUCCUCCUAGCCAAGGAGCAGGGGCGCAUCCGGCUGACGGAGGAGGAGGCGGACUGUUGGGCAUGGGUCCAGGAGGAAGAGGAGUUGGAUCGGGCGGAGUUGGAAGCCCUAGAACUCAAGGAGCAUGAGUUCGAUGAGGAGCUCGGGGCAGACGGGCUCGAUGGCAUACCCGAGGCUGUGGAGGAAAAGGGGGAAAUCACGGACCUAUUGGAAGGGGAUUCGAUGACGGACGGGGAAGAGUACCUGGUGGAGGACAAGGAGGAAGGGGAGCUGGCUUACGAGGGGAAGGGGCACCGGAUCAGUCCGGACUACCUAUUCGCGCUAUUCAAUUACCCGGCAGCUGAGCGGUGGCAAUACUUGGCAGCCGAAAAAGGGGAUGAAGGAAGGAUAGUUCUCGGUAGUUAUUACAGCCUCAAAAAGGAGGCCACUCGAGUUGCCUGCCCUGCCUUUGAGGACCUGCCGGUGUCACUUAACCAUGAAUUGGGGAUGGCCCAACAGACGGACCUGAGGAAGCUGCUGGUAGAGUAUCGGGAGGUCUUUGCCACAGAAGCAGAACCGUUGGGCACCCACCCCACCGUCCUUCAUCACAUUGCCACUGGGGAUGGGGUGAAGCCGGAUGCGGGAAAGGUGGAGGCGAUUAGUAUGAUGGCGGCACCGGUGGAUGUGAGAGGGGUCCGGGAGUUCCUGGGGUGCACCAGUUACUACCGGCGGUUCAUAAAGGGGUAUGCGAAGGUGGCGCAUUCCCUCACGCAGCUGGUGCACAAGGACAACCCAUUUGAGUGGACGGACAAAUCUGGGGAAGAAAGCAGCAGCUCGGUUGAUGGGGAAGGGGACGGAGGGGAUAGUGGUGAGGAGGAAGGAGACGAGGUGGACGGCCGUGAACCAGAGGAAAUGAAUAGCAAUACGGAGAAGCGGGAUGGGGAAGAAGAAGGAGAAGUCGGGCAAGCCGGAUCCGAAGAGUCUGAUGAUGGAGAUGGGGAUGAAGGGUUGGGAGAAGAGGGCGAUGAAACAGAUGGAUCCAGAGAAGGGGAUGGUGAGGACGAAGAGGAGGAAGAGGAGGAGGAGGCGGACAAGGGAGACAAGGAGAUGGUGGCCCCAAGGGUUCCAAAGGACGCUAAAGGGGGCAUUGGUGAGACCAACCCAUUUGAAUGGGAUGAGAACAUCUGCUGGGUCUUGUUGGGGUACCGGGCCUCCAUUCAUUCCUCCACCGAAUUCUCCCCCUUUUUCUUGCUCUAUGGCCGCCACCCCAACAUCACGGGUAGUACCUUGACGGAAUGGGAAGUAAAGGAGCUGACCGAGCUAUCCACCGAGAAGGAAGCCGAUGCAGCAGCUGGAAUUAUCUAUGAAAGGUCCUCAGAGAUGGAGCUGGCUCUGGCAAAGGCAGCUGAGAACCAUGAUAAGGCACAGGAGAAGGAGAAGGUCGACUUUGACCGACGUCGAACCCUCCUGGAGCCGAUCAGGAUAGGGGAUUUCAUUCGGAUCAAACCGACCAAGAGGGUGGCUUGGGCGGACCAGGACCGGAAAUAA